UAAUUUUCUCCUCCACUAGGGAAAAGUUAAAAUGUGAAAGCUCAUCACUUUUGCUUCCGUGCUCGUAUCUUCAAAGUGCAUUAAGUACCCUCAAGGUAAUAGGCAACGCCCCGCCUCCGAAAGUUACGUUUGUUUUCUUGGGAGUUUUAUGUCCCCGAAAGUUCAAGUUAAAGAUGUUUCUGUGGCGGUACAAAAAAGUUUAUUUAGUAGAAGUAAUUAGAGUCAAACUUAAUGCCGGAUUUUUUUGUCUUUUCAGUUGAAGCUUUAAAUUUUAGCUUUAUAUAUGUAUAAUCACAGCAGUAAGAUGUUUCAAAGGGCAUGCAGAACAUAACAAGCAUUAGAAGAAAAAAAAAAAGUAAGCAAGAAAGAUGUGUAGAGGAGCAAGAAGAACCAGACAGAGCUCUUUUUGUUUUUCUGUUAUGCUGUUAGGGAGCAUGCAGGGUUUUUCCGACAAGUACAUUUGUAUUAAAUAUCUCAGUAUUAAUCUAUACAGAUCCAUUAUAUGUGACUGUUAGACUAAUUUUAGUUCAGCUGUUGAAAGCAAAAGUCCAUUUCUGGUAGGUUGAAUAACUAAGCCAUUGUUAAAUGUCAUCUGCCAGAAUUCCAAGGUAGCAGUGCUGUACCACAGCGUUUUUACAGCCUUGUGUUACGCCCAAGGCGUUAAUGUUUUUCCAGAAUUUAAGGCUAGAGGGAAGCUAUAGUAGCUGUUUUGUACCAACACCACUAAAGAUCCUUGUUUUAGGGGUAAUAAAACUAAAAUCUCAAUUCCACAAAUAGGUUAAUGUUAUUACCUGGGGUGCAGUGUUUUUUUGUUUUGUUUUGUUUUUUCCUUUAUUCUGAUUCAGAAUCAGAUGCUGUCAUUACCAUGGUUUCCUUUAGGAAACACCUUUAGGGACAAAGUUGAGCAGAAAGAUAUGUUUUUUUCCUUCCUUAUUAAUUCUGUUUUAUUUUCCAGUGAAAGUCAGCGUGCUCUUCCAAUAUAAAUAAUAUAUGGUUGAGUUAGUAUUUGUAGGUAUUACUUCCUGUUAAACCCAACAAAGUUACUUCUAUUCUUGGAUCAAUUAGGCUAAGAUUCGUAAUGGCCCCUUCUAGCAUCAUAUUGGAAGCUGUGGUGUGGCUUGUGCCAACGAGUAGACAGGAAGUAGAAUUAUGGUGCUCUUUACUGUUUUGUGUUUAAUUUCUUUGGUAUAACUUUAAUAUUGCUUUAGAUGAGAUGCUGUUGCUCAGGGAUUUAAAAAUGGCAUUAUUAAGCAUUUGAAGGAUUUCUGAAUGUACGAGUUUUGGGGCUGGAUUGCUGCAUCCGAAAUUCUGUUUAAGAAAUAGUCUUAAUGAUUUGGAUCACUUGCUUCAUACUUUCUUCUAUGGUUGAAAGAAGACUGGGUCCUGUGGAUCCUUCUCAUCCUGUAGCUGGAUCAAGUGCUUAUGUUCACUCAGUGCUUUAUCCAAGACACAGUUAGGAGCCAGCUGAAUUAGUUCUAGUGGUGUCAACUUGCUUCUGGUGCUCCUCGCAUUCAGGAGGGUUAUUACGAAGUCCUCAUGGUAGUGAUUAGCAGAUGUGCAAUAAUCUGGUGGUUCCAGGAAGCAGCAUGAUUGCUGUGAGCUUGUGUUCAGAGCCGCUGCCUACAUAUACGCAGAGUAUGUAUGAUGCUUCCCAGGCACAGUGAAUGCAGAGUGCAAGUAGCUGCUAUGAUACAGAAUUGAAGCAGAGCUGACUGGAGAGCUCUUUGUUUGCCUAUAGGAAGGUUUGAAAUACAUCUGGGCUAUAGUAAUGUGUAAUUUUGUGAUUGUCAGUUUCAAGUUAGUGUUGUUGUUUACCCUGAGAUACAAAAUGUUAUGCCGGACCCUUGUGGGAUAGUGUUUUUAUGGAUUUUUCUUAGGCAACCUUUAGCAGUGUAGGAAAGCAUAGGAUUCUUAGAGCAUAAGCCACAUUGGGAGCUUGCAAGCCACUUUGUUUUGGUCUACUUACUUCAAAACACUAUCACCUUAUUGGUAAAAAAGGGUUAAAUGAAUAGGACAAAAAAGGUAAUCUGAUCUUUGUUCUUAAAAUCUUAAAGGGCUUUUCUUGCCAGACUUUUAAAAUAUCUAAUUUAUGUUGUACUUUGUUCUGUAACAAAAGCUCUGAGUUUCCCAUAAAUAAUCUUUACAGUGCUGUCGUCAUGGACAUAUAGAACUAUUGGACAGGUUAUUUAUUUUAAGAGGAGCUGUAGUUCCUCAAAGUAUAUGCAUUUGAACCUGUUACUUUGAUUGAUAUAUGGGAAUAACAAUUCUUUGUUUUAAUUUCCUUUCAUUUCGCAUUUUAAUGCUACUACUGAAGUUUUAGCCUUCUCCUGCACAGAGACAGACCUCUGAGCUUAACAAAUGGCGGCACAGUGUGUGACAAAGGUGGAGCUGACUAUUGCCUGCACCAAUCUCUUGGAUAAAGAUGUUGGUUCCAAGUCAGACCCGCUGUGUGUGCUUCUCCAGAACACGAGUGGUCAGCAGUGGUAUGAGGUUGAUCGCACAGAAAGAGUUAAGAAUUCCUUGAACCCAAAGUUUGCCAAGAAAUUCCUAAUUGAUUACUAUUUUGAGCUUGUUCAGAAACUUAAGUUUGGAAUAUAUGACAUUGAUAACAAAACCUUUGAUCUGAAUGAUGAUGACUUCUUAGGAGAAUUUGAGUGUACACUGGGACAAGUAGUUUCUAGCAGGACUCUAACAAAACCAUUAGUGCUUAAAAAUGGCAGACCUGCUGGAAGAGGAAGUAUUACGAUUACAGCAGAAGAAGUGAAGGAUAACAGGGUGGUUGUAUUGGAAGUAGAAGCAAGGAAACUGGACAAUAAGGACUUUUUUGGAAAGUCAGAUCCUUAUCUGGAAUUCCACAAGCAGACUGGAGAUGGAAAUUGGGUGAUGGUUCACAGAACAGAGGUUAUUAAAAACAACCUGAAUCCUGUUUGGAGGCCCUUUAAAAUCUCUCUCAAUUCUCUGUGUUACAGUGACAUGGAUAAGUCAAUCAAGGUUGAGUGCUAUGACUAUGAUAGUGAUGGGUCUCACGAUCUCAUAGGAAGUUUUCAAACUACUAUGUCAAAACUGAAGGAAGCAUCUCGGUCCUCACCUGUUGAAUUUGAAUGUAUCAACGAAAAGAAAAGACAGAAGAAAAAAAACUAUAAAAACUCUGGCAUUGUGAGUGUUAAGCACUGUGAGAUCAUAGUAGAAUGCACAUUCCUUGAUUACAUCAUGGGUGGGUGUCAGCUGAAUUUCACAGUGGGGAUAGAUUUUACAGGGUCCAAUGGGGACCCUCGCUCUCCAGACUCUCUGCAUUACCUCAGCCCUAAUGGAGUUAAUGAAUACCUAACAGCCAUUUGGUCUGUAGGAAUGGUCAUUCAGGAUUAUGAUAUAGAUAAGAUGUUUCCAGCCUUUGGAUUUGGUGCACAAAUUCCUCCUUCCUUUCAGGUGUCACAUGAGUUCCCAUUAAAUUUUAACCCAUCAAACCCAUUCUGUAAUGGAAUCCAAGGCAUUGUUGAUGCGUAUCGGGCUUGUCUUCCUCAAGUGAAGUUAUAUGGGCCAACAAAUUUUUCUCCAAUUAUAAAUCAUGUGGCAAGAUUUGCUGCUGCAGCUACACAACAGCAAACAGCAUCUCAAUACUUUAUACUUCUGAUCAUAACGGAUGGUGUGAUAACAGACCUUGAUCAAACUCGAACUGCCAUAGUUAAUGCUUCGAAAUUGCCUAUGUCCAUUAUCAUUGUUGGUGUUGGAGGAGCAGACUUCGAUGCUAUGGAGUUUCUUGAUGGUGACAAUGGAGUUCUCAGGUCCUCAUCAGGAGAACCAGCUGUCAGAGACAUUGUCCAGUUUGUGCCAUUCAGGAAAUUCCAAAAUUCUCCAAAAGAAGCUCUGGCGCAGUGUGUCCUGGCAGAAGUCCCACAGCAAGUGGUGAACUACUUCAGCACCUACAAACUGCAGCCUCCUAAGAAUCCUGCUGUAAAGUGAAUGGACUGAGCAGGAAAGCUGAGACUUUGUGCUUGCUUUACUUGCUAUAUCUGCAGACUCUGGUUCUCAAGAUACUUCUGUAUACCUGUAAACACACACCUCUGGUAAUGUCUGUUAGCUUUUGCCUGCAAAUCACUUUGCCAAAUGUGCCUUUUAAGGGCCAAAAUUCUAAUUGUGUUAAUAUUUGAUGUUGAUUUGAGAGAUAGGGCUUGCAUGGGUGCAUUUUAUUUUGCAAAGUAAGAGUGGAAAAAAAGAGGUUGAAUAUGCAGAGAGAAGGGGAAGAAGGGGUGGAAGUGGAACAGAUGCCUGUUUGAUAAAUAUGGCCAGUGGGAGUGUUCAAUUACUUUUGUGGGAUCAGCACUGAGGACUGCAGUUUCUCAGUGGUCGUAAAACCAGUCUGAAAUGAAAAAGAGGGUAUAUCCCCACCAAGCAGAUAAAAGUUUGUAUGUGCUUCAACGAAUCUGGAAUACUUUAAGCUUCUGUGUCUAUUAAGCCACCAGAGCAAAAUUUUGUCACAGGAGUUUCAUAAUUAAACAAGUGCCAGAACAGAGAGCAUAAAGGCCCUCCUUGCAUGCCUACUUCAUGUUUGCCACUUCAGUGCCUUUGGCCAAUGCCUGGGAUUCAGGGCUGUGUGAACAUAAGCCAAACAAGUCAUUAAAGUAUAUAUUCUUUUAUAGUAUACAUUCUCUUAAGGUAGUACAGGAAUAACUAGGGUGAAUCAAGGUGAACCUCUAACAUCUCAGAAUACUAUUGGCCUUUGAGGCUACUACUGUAAAGGCUGUAAGAUGUGUUUCAGUGUGUACUGUGCUGGAAAACAGGAACUGCAGAUUUUAUUUUGGUCAGGGUUUUGUUUUGGUUUGUUUUGGGUUUUUUUUUUUUUCCAUAAAAGAGUCAUGACUAUUGAUCUUUAAAGGGCUUUUUGUGAAGUGGGAGUUCACUUUCUAGUUAAAAAGUUUUGUCUGAUUUAUAACUGCAUAUUUUCAAGCAAAGGCAGUUCUUGAAAGUGCUACCUAUAUUGGUUUUGUCAUUUUGAAUCAUGCUUCUUUUUCAUGAGCCUACUAAUGAAAAGUGCCUGCAAAAAACCCGAUCUUCCUUCUUCUCUCCCAGUAGGAAGACAUAAAGUCUCUAAGCUCUAAUCAUGUAAUCAUACUGCAUUUCUCUAGGGCAAACAAUUUCUGGUUUAUUUUCUUGGCUUGAAUUUUCUCUUUACCAUUUACACCAAGUGUAAAUCAUAUUGUUUGCUUAGUGGACAGAUGAGCUUUCUUGUCUCUCAGUUGCAUACUGCUUGCUGAGGAUCUCUUCUGAUCCUGUCAGUGCGUGUAAAGUAAGUGGAUGUAAAGGUCUCAUUUAUCACUUCCAAAAUGCCCAUCUUGAACAUUAAUUUUGCAGUUUCACAUUUGAAGUGGUUUAGAGUUAGGUAUCUGACUGAUCUGAUUCUGAAUGGCUUACCUGUAACAUGUAAGAACAGAAUGGGCUAACACUAAAUUUAGAAUACUUUGGCACUCAAGAUUGCACCAGGUCAUAGUGUAUGUGACUUUGUAUGUGACUUCUUUUUAGUUGCUGGAGCUGCAAUGUGUGGUUUGGGUUUUUGUUUUUUAUUUCCAUACAUGUAUAAUCCUGUCAAGAAUCUGAAUUCACAUUAACAUUGAUGGAUGAAAGGUAUAUGUACUGAGAUUGUCUUACACAUCCUGUAAAACAUACCAAAUGUUUUGUAGACAGUUGACCAGUUACCAAUCAUGAAUGAAUGUGUUAUUCUCCACUCCAUUUUCCUUGGUGGAAGGGGUCCUGAAUAGUUUCAGUAGUGGAAUACUAAGGAAGAGAUUUUGUUUCAUAUUAAGCCAAGCUCUUUCUUUUUUUAAAUCUAAUUCAUGUGUUUAUAUAAAAAUUUACAGACGUCUUUUUAUCAGCAUAGUGCAAAUGUGUUUCUACUUCAUACGUAAAUUAUAAUGAAGUGUCGUGCCAGAUAUGCAACACAAAAUAUUAAGAUCAAGGAAGUAGUUAUAAUGAACCUAAAUCACACUGCUGCAAAUUGAUAUUGUAUGAUUUUGGAACCGUAAACUGUUUCACAGCUACAUGCUCCAUGUACAGAGAUAACUGGAUGCAGUAUUAAUGCUUUGUCUAGAUUAAUUGAAGUGGACAAGUACUACUGAUAGGAGUACAGGAUACUACUGAAGUUCCUCUGAGCUGUCUGCCAAAAAUAUAAUGCUCCAUCUGAGUUCUGUUACCAAUUCUGUUUUAAGUUGGCAUGGAAGUGCAUUUAAAUGCAUUUACAUAUGUUAAUAGGUAUUAUUGUACUAAAUAUCUGCUUAAUAGAAAAUAAAACCUUCUGUUUUGUCUGUAUUCUAUACAGUAAUUCUGAGUUUCUACAGUGGAGAAUUCAUUAUCUUUUACUGGAAAAGUGCCCCCAUGUUCCUCAAGCUUAGGGAAUUAAAUAGCAUAUCAACAAUACCUAUUUCUUAAUGUGCCCUAUUCUAUGUAAAAGAAAAGUGUUUCAAACCUGACGGUGACAAGAACCAUUUUUCAGGUAUAAUUUCUCUUAGAGGUGUACAGCUAACGCUUGUUGAAAAAUUUGGAAACUUCCAAGUUAAGCUGAAGCAAUAUUCUGAGUCAAGGAAUGCAGCAGAUUGUGAGUCAAGGGGGAGGGGAGUUACAAUGUUGUUUUGCCAUUUUUUGUUUGUUUUUACAUGUAAAAAAUGCCUUAUUAGCUUGAGGGUGACAAAGCAAAAUAUUGUCAGUUUUGUAAAGUGAAUGUGCUUAUAGGUCACUUGCACCACCUUGUGAUAAAAAUCAUGUAUAGCAGUCUUCGUAAUCAGAUGCUUUUUGCCAUUUAAUGGUCGUGAUUAUAUACGUAUGUACAGCAGAGAAAUAACCUGUAACCUAAAUUUUUUACUUUCCUAUGUAUUUCAUUUCUGUUGAAGUUAACUGAUUUACAAUGCCUAUGCAUUCAAAAUAUAAUUUCAAUAUACCGUUA